CGUUUCCACUUUUCCAAUAUAUAAAAGCUCCUUCCUGCCUCUUUAAUGGCGAGAGGACCCAUCUCCAGGAAUUAACAGUAACCCUCAUUUAUUAUCUUUACAAUUUUUCUUUAAGAUAAAGAAAAAAGAUCCUCUUUCAUUAGAUUGGUAGAUGAAGAGACAAGGGUCGCUUUAAUUUUCGCCAAAGAUCUUCAAAAACCCAACCUUCAAUCAUGUUGUGCACUUUUUCUGUUCUGUAAGAAGAAACAAAAAUUGCGGUUUUUAAACUCUAAAUAAAAGUUUAUCACAAAGCUCUCAGUGCUUGAUUGGCUCCACUGUCUCUGUAAAGAAAAAGUUUGCAAUUUUUUCUGUCCCAUUUCAACCUCAAUGCUCAGUGGUUUUUGAGAAUCGGUUUUGUACUGAUUGAGGACAGAGUUUUGUGGAUGAUUUUGUGACUUCUUUGAUCAUCAAUGGAGAGAAGGAGAUCACCAAGAAGCAGCAAGAGUCCUGGAACUGCAAUUUUUCCUAAAAGCCCUCUUGUCUACGAGAGUUAUAAGUCUGGUUGUGGUUGGAAACUGAUUAACUUCUUCGACUUCAGACAUGUCAAAUCUGGUAAUAAGAGACUGAGUUCAGAGAAAAAAAUCAUCAGAGACUCUGCUGGUAAUGUUUAUACUAAAAGUCAGCUUGAUUUGCUCAAGAAACUUCAUGAGAAAUGUCAGUGUCCUGAUAGGAGUGUGGAAGGAGAGAACUCAUGUAAGCCUAAAACGAGGAGAAGAUCUUUUAGUUCUGAAAGAGAAGAUGAGAGCUAUGAACCAAAACCUGUCCAUGGAUUACUAGAGAGAGAGGUAAAGAGGAUCAAGAAUCUAAGAGAAGAUAAGCAAAAGCAACUUUCUUUGAGUGAAAUUGACAAGACAAAUGAUAAGGAUAAGCAAAUGGAUCUGAAGAAUGGGAGAGAGGGUAAGAAGACCUCAGAGAUUAACCUUCAAGUUUGUGUGAAUGAAACUGCUGAAACUUUGAUCUGUUCCAAGGCAGAGGAGAAAGGAAAAGACCGGUCUAAGCAGUUCAUGGAAGCAUUAGAUAUUCUAAGUUCGAACAAAGAGUUGUUCAUUACACUCUUACAAGAUCCUAAUUCAUUCUCAGUCAAAAAAGGUCAAGACUUAGAGAGACCUAAGGUGAAGGAACGGCUUGAUAGACCUCCUUCAGUGGCUAAUGAUUUGGAUGAUAUUGUUCUCUUGAAGCCUAGAUUAUCAGGCUCGGUUGAUGAUAGAAAGUACCUGAGAUUCAAACAUCUAGCCAAGAAGUUGAAGCUUGUUGUUGGAUCUAACAAAGACUGCAACCAUGAAGAAACUAAAGAGGCUGCCGCUUUCAGAACAGGUGAUGUUUCUACAAGUGCAGUUGGCUAUAGAAGCCCGGAGUCACCUGCGUUUAGGCGCAAGAAACGAGUUGUAUCUGAUGUCUUCAAGCUAAGUAUGGAAAACGAUGUUUUGCCAAGGAGGUUCACAGUGGAAAGGCAACAGGAGAGAUCAGAUUCAUCACCGGUUUACGAAGUUCCUAAAUCAUUGAAUAGCUUGCAGACGAAACUCAAAGAGAGAAGACAGAGGUUGGAGAAGAAACGAGAGAGCUUCAAGUUGUGGUCCUUGGACAAUGACUUGGAGGUUUUUGAUCCAAAUAGGUCUCUCAACGACAAUAGUACAGGUUCUGCUGACUACACAAGUCUGAGAACUCCUGCAGUAGACGGUAUUGAGGAAGAUAGAUAUCUAGAGAGCACAUCAGCUGAGUCGAGUUCAAGUAUAGAAAGACGAGGCAGAAACAUUCAUGACCUGAACCAGGAGCAGGAGCAACCAAGUCCUGUCUCAGUUCUAGAGAGGAGGAUUCAUAUGUUAGACGAAACAGUUAGCUCCAGAAACAAAGAGCAGAUUGGAUUGUUAUCUUUUGAUCUUCUCAACAAAGACUCUGUUCAUGAGUUUGUGAAGCAACAUCUUCAAGCUUCAAGACUGAACUGGACAAAUCUCAUGGCCAGAUGCAACGAGGAAACAUCACUACUAGACGAGUUCUCACACGGUAGUCACAACAACGACCAGCUUCUUCUUGUUCUUGACUAUACAGAUGAGAUUCUCCGUGAGAUAUACCGUAAAGACAUCAAGUUUUGGCCUUUCAAGCCAUCGGAGAGGUCGAGAGUUGUCAAUCUACCAUCUUCCAUUAGAGAAGAAGAUCUGAUUCACGAGACUAUGAGACGUUUUGACUGGAGUUUACUCUGCUGUGACACUCCAAGAACAUUGGAUCAGGUCAUUAAAACUGAUGUGAUGAAGCCAUGUCUUUGGUUGGAUUGUGGUGGUGAAUCUGAAGGUGUUGUCUCUGAUGUAGUUGAAAACAUUAUGCAAGGGUUGGUGCUUGAGAUCUCUCAUGAGCUUAACAAUGCAGAUUAGGGAUAUGGAUUAAAAUGAAUCUCAGUGGACUAUUCAACAUUUUUUUUGCUAUGUAUAUAAAUCAGUUUAAGAAUCUUUUAAUUAGUUUUCUAUAGGGCUGCGGCUUCCUUUAGAUUGUUUUAGUUCAGUUUUCAUAAAAUUAUACCAAACUAAAGUGAACAAGUUUUUGAUUUUGGUUUUCGGUUAAGGUAGUGCCAAAAU